GGCGACACAAACACGUGCUUCCUGUUGCUCGCUGCACGUUGCCCGUUCCUUUCUGAUUAUUUUUUUAGCCACAGUAAGAAGAACACGAAGCGUAGGGCUGUUAAAACGGAGGAAAACUCUUCACCAUGCCGCGAGCAAAGCAGUCAGCCAGGAAAAAGAAGUUCGACUACAACAAGAACCGGAAGAACGUGAAGAAGAAGAGCAGAAAGAAGAGCAAACCAAGGAUCGAGCAUGCUCAGAUACGAAAUGCGUGGGAUGACAAGAGGUCUGUCGCCAGGAACCUGGAGGCGAUGGGUCUGGCUUUUGAUCCAAACCGCUCCCUGCCCAUAAAACAGCAGAAGCUCCCCGGGGAAGAUAAAAAGGCUGCCAUCAUCACCAAACCCUAUAUACUCAAAAAGCUGGAGGAGGAGGCCAGCCUCCCCGGGAAAGACACCAAGACGUUAUCGACAGACCUCAUUGAAUACGUUCAGUACAUGAUCCGGGAGCACAACGAGGAUUACAAGGCGAUGGCCCGAGAUGAGAAGAACUACUAUCAGGACACGCCCAAACAGAUCAAGAGGAAAAUCAACGAGUAUAAACGCUGCCACCCGCAGCACUACGAGGCCUUCAUCAGCUCGCUCACCACUCCAGAGCCAAUGGUCCAGUAGAAGAAGAUCCAGUCUGGGCUUGAGGAACUGGACUGUAGUCAUUCAGACUGAGACGGAGGUCCAGUGUUUGGACGGAGGAUAAAAUACUGGAGCUGUUCAUGAGUGCAGAGACGGGGCUUUUCUCUCCAUCUGUAUUUUUCAUUUAGCCAUUUUGUAACAGGAUGCAUUUAUUUGCUCUCUUAUGAAAGUCAAACAUGACUGAGAUGACAUUUUAAAUAAUUUAAACCCCUUAUCCUGAUUAAAACCCAUGGUCAAUUCACAGGAGGAUCCAAGCAUCCGAGUAAAAUCAUGAAAAAAAUCAAUUUUUCAUAGUCUUUCUAUUUUGGGUAUGCCAAACAAAGAAAGGCAUUCAAACCAGAAAAGUCCCUAAGUAUUGGGCAAAAUAUGAAAUGUCAGUGAUUCCUUCCAGGGAUAAACAAAUAUGUGAGCGGUUUCCAAAGCCUCCACAAUUUCUCAUUUUGAGCCAGAAAUAAAAUUAAAAUUAUAAACUUGUAAAAAAGUGUAUAUAUAGAAGUUGAAAUGAUCAGCGAGGACGCUUCCAGGAUUUCUGUAAGUGACCAGAAAUGAUGGAUAAAAAUAUUUUUUCUCCUUUUCCAAGAGCUGUUUGAAUUUCUGAAGGUGAACAGCUGCAAAAUAAAACUUUGGGAAAAGAAAGUGCUUACCCCUGAGCAUGCUCUCACCAUGGCUUUAAAAAAUAUGAAAUGGUACCAUGCUAAACUCUGACAUUUCACAGCUCUAUUUUAAGAAUGACAAGCUUAUUCACAUUUUAAGUAACAUUAUUCUUUAAAGGAAGGGAAAGAAAGUUAAAACGACUACACCAAGGCCCAGUUUAAGAUGAGGAUUAUCUGAGUCAUGCAAAGCUACUGUAGAAGCUGGAAAUUAGCACAGUAGGUUUUGAUUUGAAUUUUUUUUUUUCAUUAACUACAGCAGCUGUCAGUAAGUCAGUGGAAUGGCAUGACACCAAACAGUGAGGUGCAUAAUUUAUAUUUACAUUUGUAAACCAUAUCAUAGCUCAGCUUUAAAAGGGUUCCUACAGCUAUAUGUUCAUCACAGGAGCAGAAGUCCCACACACCUGCUCAUAGCAUCUUAAGUUUACAAGGAUCAACCAAUCAGAAAAAAGCCAAAAUGUCUUGUUUCAAACAUGAUGAACGCAGCAGCUGAACUGAGGCCCAGUGUAAGACAAAUGAGGAUCAUUUCAAAUUAUUCAAGUAGAGUCCAGUAAUUUUAAAAGAACAUGGAGCUGGACCACAGCAGGUCCACUAUUUAGUGUGCCAAAAUGAAAACAUCAGAAAUGUAAAGGAUGUAAGUUCUCGCUGCAUUGUGAACUGCUGCUUAGGUAGAAACCUCGUGAGUCUGAUUUUACUCCUUUAACGUGUAUGUUUUUAUUAAAUUUGUCUAAUAAUGUGAAUG